AUGACGGAAAAGAGUGAGGCAGUUGAAAAAUCUAGCAAUAACACCGGUAUGAUCGAGGAGUGGUUACGAAAGCACCGUCUGGUUUACACUGGAGCCACCAGACACCCUUUUAUCCUCAGCGUCCGAGAUGGGUCCGUAGACCUCUCAUCCUUCAAGCGAUGGCUGGGACAGGAUUAUUUAUUUGUCAAAGCAUGUGUCCCUUUUGUAGCAAGUGUAUUGCUGAAAGCUUGCAAGGAAUCAGAUGAUAGUUCUGAUAUGGAAGUCAUAUUGGGGGGUGUGGCUUCUAUAAAUGAUGAGAUUGCUUGGUUUAUGAAAGAAGCUUCAAAGUGGGGUGUUCCAUUAACUAGCAUUGUUCCUCAGAAGGCGAACCUUGACUACUGCAGGUUUUUGGAAAGCUUAACGAGGUCAGACGUAGAAUACACAGUGGCCAUCACUGCAUUUUGGGCAAUUGAAGCUGUUUAUCAAGAGAGCUUUGCCCAUUGCCUGGAAGAUGGCUCUAAAACUCCAGAAGAACUUAAGGAAACCUGCCAAAGAUGGGGCAAUGAAGGUUUCAGUCAGUAUUGCCAUUGCCUUCGAAAUAUAGCUAAUCGUUGUCUACAGAAGGCAACGGAUGAUGUGCUCUCAAAAGCUGAGGAAGUUGUAUUACGUGUUCUUGAACAUGAAGUUGGUUUUUGGAACAUGAGUCGUGGGGAGUCCUAA